CCAGUGUCAGUCCACUUUUGGCUCUCGUAUCGUGCAGUUAGCAAGCAAAAAAGUACAUGCCGCGUUCAUUGGCCGCGCGUUACGUGUCUGUGUGUCUAGCUGAGUCGCCAAAAUGCUGGCAACAAGGUGUUAAAACAAUUUCAACAUUCACAUAAUAAUCAUAAUAGUAAUAAUCGCUGCAACAACACAAAAAAAAAAAAACACCAAACACCAAACGAGACGCAACGAAAACUUCCAAAAUCCCAGCAGCAAUUACUUAAAUGAAAAUGCGAAAUCAUAAAGAAAACGGAAAUCAUCAGCAGAGCUCAGCCACGACGACAGCAACAGCAACAGCAACAACAACUGCGUCGGCGAUGGCAACAGCAACCGCGACGUCGACGACGACGACGACGGCGACAAUGCCACUGGAGAACUCCAAAAUGGACAACGCCAAUGGCAACAGCCACAACAGCAAUGGGCAAGCGGAUAAGCUGUCUGUGUCCAAGCUGUUGCUGCCCGCACUCAAGAACGGCUCAAAGGAUGCAAUUCAGGCGCAGUCACAGUCGCAGUCACAGUCACAGUCGCAGCGAAGGCAACAGCAAUUCACGCCCCUCUCCGUAUCGGAUGCGGCGAGCAAUGCCAGCUUCAGUUCCGCAUCAGUCGCCGGCUCUAUACAGGAUGACAUGCAGUCGCCACCCACGCAGCAGCAGCAGCAGCAGCAACAAUUGCUGCCGCAGCAACAGCAACAGUCGCUGCAGCAUUUGGAUCAGUGCGGUCUGACACAAGCCGGCCUGGAGGAGUAUAAUAUACGUGCCUCGUCCUACUACGAUCAGACGACAUUCCAUCAUCAGAAGCAGGGCUCCUAUGCACAAUCCGAGGGCUAUCACAGCUAUGUGUCCAGCUCGGAUAGUACAUCGGCGACGCCGUUCCUAGACAAAUUACGUCAGGAGAGCGAGCUGCUGUCCCGGCAAUCACAUCACUGGUCCGAGAACGAUCUCUCCUCAGUCUGCAGCAAUUCGGUGGCCCCAUCGCCCAUACCAUUGCUCGCCCGCCAAUGCAGCAGUGGCAACAUUAGCAACGCCAACGGAUCCGCACACCAGCACACCCAUGCCCAGCAUCAUUCCAGCGCCAGCAAUCACAGUCCCAGCAACAACAAUAACAACAACAACAACAACAGUUCCGAGAGCACCUCAUCUACUGAGACGCUCAAAUGGCUCGGCUCCAUGAGCGACAUAUCCGAGGCGAGUCAUGUGACGGGCUACAGUGCCAUUGCCGAGUCGGUUUCCUCCUCGCAGCUGAUUGUGCACAGCUCGCGUGUGCUGACGCCCAAACGGCAUCAGAGCGAGAGCGUGCUCUAUCUGCACGACAACGAGGUGACAUCGCCGCUGCCACCGCCGCCGCAGCCACCAACCAAGCCGGGCAGCAGUUCGGCCGUUAACAACGUCAAGCAGUCGUCGCCGAUCUCAGAGGAUGUUGUGCAGCCGCUGCGCUUUCAGCAUCGCCACAGUCCCAGCUAUCCGCCGGUGCACACGUCCAUGGCACUGCAUCGCUUCCAGCAGCAGCAGCCGCAAAGCUACAAGCUGACCGCACAGAGUUCCUUGCCCGAGCUGGAGUCACCGCCAGCGCACGAGGCGCGCUCACUGCUGGGUCAAUCCCAGUCCACGGGCGAUCUGCAGCAGCCCGCGCAGCUGCUGCGUCCGGCACAGCAGCACAAGUCGAGCAUAUCGGUGACCAUAUCCAGCAGCGAGGCGGUGGUCACCAUUGCGCCACAGCCGCCGCCCAGCAAGCCGCAGCUCAACAAAUUGGAGCUGCACAGCUGCAGUGCACCGAAUGUGGCCAGCAGCAGCAGCGGCGGCAGCGCGGAGCAAUCGCCGCCGGCGUUCAUCAACGAUUCGUAUCGAAGCAAUCAUCGCCUGUUCCCGGUGAGCACCUACACGGAGCCGCUGCACAGCAACACCUCGCAGUAUGUGCAGCAUCCCAAGCCGCAGUUCAGCGCCAAUCUGCACAAGUCCGCCAAACUACCUGUGAUAACGCCCGCGGGCGCUGCGGUGCAGCCAGCCUGGCACUCGGUGGCGGAGCGCAUUAACGACUUUGAGCGCAGCCAAUUGGUGGAUUCACCCAAGUUUUCAUAUCUGGAGCCCAGCAAGACACAUCGCCUGUCCAAUCCGGCGCUUAAGGCGCUGCAGAAAAAUGCCGUUCAGUCUUAUGUGGAGCGCCAGCAGCAGCAGGCGCACAAGGAGGAGCAACAGCUGCUGCGCUCACAAUCCCACUCGCAUUCCUAUCAGGCGCUGCACGUAGAGCGCAAAUCGCUGCCCAACAAUCUGAGUCCCAUGCUCUCGGGCAUGUCCAACAGCGGCUCUGGCUCCGCCUCUGGCUCCAACUCUGGCUCUGGCUCUGGCUGUAGCUCACCUACUCCACCACCGCCGCCGCCACGCUCCCGUUCGCUGCUGCCCAAUCUGCUGCGUCGCUCCAGCUCCGCCUCGGACUAUGCGGACUUUCGUGAACAGCAUCAGCAGCAUCAUCACCACCAUCAGCAGCAGCAGCUGCAGUCCAAGCCACCCAGCAUACGCAACAUUAGCAGCGCCGAGAAGCUGUCGUUCAAUGACUGCGGCAUGCCGCCGCCGCCGCCACCACCGCGCGGCCGUGUAGCCAUGCCGGCACGACGCACCUCGUCGGCCACGGAGUAUGCGCCCAUGAGGGAAAAGCUGCUGCUGCAGCAGGCGGCUGCCUUGGCACAUCAACAGCAUCAUCCGCAGCAGCAUCGCAGCGUGCACAUUUACCAAACGGCCGUGCAGGCGCCAGAGCGGCCGCCCGAACGGCCGCCCAAGCAUCCGCAACUGCGUGUGCCCUCGCCCGAGCUGCCGCCACCGCCGCUCGGCGCUGAGCUGGACAACAGCUAUACGUUUGAUGAACCGCUGCCGCCUCCACCGCCGCCGGAAGUGCUGCAGCCGCGUCCGCCGCCAUCGCCGAAUCGACGCAACAGCUUUGCUGGCGCAUCCACGCGCCGUUCUGCCUACACUCAGCCCACGCUGGCGCCGAAGGUGCCGCCGCAGGUGCCCAAGAAACCCACCAGCUUGCGACAGCAGCUGCCUCACAAGCCACAACAACAACAAGCACUGUCCAAUGGCGGCAACGUCAAGCCCACAAAUCUGCCCACAAGCCGCAAGCGUCCGCACAAUCCGCCGCCCAUCCUGGAGAGCGUCGUUUCCACUGCCAGCGCCGCGCCGCCGCCGCUGUUGCCGCGCGCUCGGCCCACGCUCGCUGACAGCGUUAUAGCUAGCAAUCUGGAGAGCAAUCAGCAGAAACGAUCCAACUCAAAGGCCUCGUAUCUGCCGCGUCAGAGCCUGGAAAAGCUGAACAACACGGAUCCGGACCAUGGCAUUUAUAAGCUAACGCUCACCUCCAACGAGGAUCUGGUGGCGCACAACAAGCCCAGCUAUGCAGUCGGUGCUGGCAAACUGAAGUUGCCCAACAAUUUGCCGGAUGUGCUGCCGCUGGGCGUGAAGCUGCAACAGCAGCCGGUCAAGCCGCCGCCGCCGCCUAGUUCGCCCGGGGAUGUUGUUGCUCUGCGCUAUGGCUCCAAUAAUAACCUCGCAACGAAAUCGCCAACAAAUGCCACGCCCACAGCUGCAGGUGUUGGCAAUAAUACGGCCUAUGCCAUGAUCUAUGGACAGUCGCCGCAACAGCCACAGCCGCAACAGCAGCAGCAGCAGCAGCAGCAACAACGCUACUCAUCGCCUGCCCUGGGCCACGCCUACAGCAAGAGCAGAUCGCCAGCGCCGCAAUUUACGCGAUCUCAGUCGUACGAUGUAAAGCAGCAGCAGCCGGCGCACGAUCCGACGCAGUUCGUGUCCCAGUCACAUGUCGAUCUGAAGCAAGCCGUCCAUGACCUAGAGACGACGCUGGAGGAGGUGUCGCUGCCGGACACACCGCCGCUGCUCUCGCCGGCCAACUCCGACUGCAGCCUGAGCAACAGCUCCCUGGAGUGCAGUCCAGAGAAUGUGAAAAACAAUCUUAAUGGCAAUCCUGAGGCGCACAUCUUUCGCGCCGAGCUAAUUAGCACAACGACGACAGCGACACUCCCAAAGCAGCCGCCGCCGCCGCUGCCGCCCGUGAAUCGACAGGAGUCGCUGCGCGAGAACAUCGAGAAGAUUACGCAGCUGCAAUCGCAGCUGAUGUCAGCGCACCUGUGCGACUCCGCCGGAUUGCUGGGUAGCUAUGCCAAGCCGCUGAGUCCCAGCAGCACAGAGCCACCACCGACCACAGAACCGCCGCCUAGCCCACCGCCUAACCAGGAGCAGCUGGCGGAGCUGGAAACUGAAUCCAAGCCAGGCUCACCAAUGGUUGCCAACACGGAUAGUCUUAAGCUGAUGCAGCGCAGCGAGCUGGUGCUUAUUGUGAAUCCUACGCCCAACACCGCGGACAUGGCCUGCCAGACAGAGGAUUUGCUGGACAAUGAGCUGGUGGCGACGCGUGAGGAGCAGCAGACGCGCACGACGCUGCAACCACGCCAGCGUCAGGCCAUUGAACUGGAAUACGAGAAUCUGGCCCUGGAGCUGAUCAAGCAGCUGGCGCCCAACGACAAGCUCAUCGAAAUAUUGACACCAAAAAGCUACAAGCCGACGACGCAGUACGUCAACAAUUUGUACAAUCCAAAUGUCCAGCUGCGUCCGGCCAAGCGAGAUGUCGGCACCACGACGCUGAUGCGCAUGAAAGGAGCCAGCGGCACAACGACGCUGCUGGCGACAGCGGAACUCCAGGUGGUCAGCGUGGAGCUGCAGCUGGCAGAUGACACAGGCGAUGCGGAUAGCACGAAUUUAAUCAAACAGAAGCUGGAUGAGCUGAUCAAGCAGUUGAACCAAAAAAUUGGCGCACUGAAGCGCGAGCAGCAAACCAUUGUCGAUGAGUGCGCCAUCAAUGAUCAACUGGGCCUGGAUUUGCUGGCCAAAUUAACGGAGAAGGUGCGUCCCAGCGAAGCGUCCAAGUUCCGCACCUACAUCGAUGAUGUGGGUAACAUAACAAGCCUGUUGCUAUCGCUGUCGGAACGGCUGGCCCAAACCGAAUGCAGUCUGGAGGUGCGUGUGCCCAGCAGCCAGCAGGAGAAGAGCACGCUGGAAGCCAAACGCGCACGCCUCUAUGAGCAGCUGGAGGAGGCGCAGCGCCUCAAAGCGGACUUUGACAGGCGUGGCAGCAGCAUUGCCAAGCUCUUUGGCAAACAUCUCAGCGCCGACCUGUGCGCCGACUAUGAUUAUUUUAUCAAUAUGAAGGCCAAACUCAUUGCCGACGCACGCGAUCUGUCCGACAGGAUUAAGGCCAGCGAGGAGCAGCUGGGCGCGCUCAGCGAUGCGCUAGUCCAAAGCGAUUGCUAAUGCGUCUAGCUCUCACUCAAUUUUCCGUGCUGUCAACUCAAAGUUGAGAGUGGUUUGCGAGAAUUGAGCGCUGCCUCUUUAGUCGCCGGUCGGGGUAUUGUGUGUAUUAACUUAAACAUGUGCUUAAAAUUCAACCACACACACACACACUAUAAUGUAUAAAUAUUUUAUGUUCAUUUGUGAUUUUCAAUUAGCUUGUAGGUUAAACUAUAUAUCAACCGCAUAUGUGUAAGCAAUUUUUUACAUAAUUAUCAAAAGCAAAGAUAAACUGUAUGCAUUAAUAAAUAUUUUAAAGCAA